AUGCAUAAAGCGGGAUUCGCCCUCGAUUCGCCCUCGUUCUUCCCCGAGCAUCGGCAUGUUCAAGCACCUUGCACAAAUGUCUGCUCAUCGCUGACAGAUCUACUUCAAGUGCGAAUCGUUGGAACCGAGCUUGCCAAGGGUGCUCUGAAAUUCCACCAAAGCCCUACUACAAUAGCGACGAAAACAAAAUUUCCCGUCGAAACUGCUAGCCUUUCGGAGCUUUCAAAAGCGGCCAGAGAACAAAUCAAUGCGUUAGUUACUCUUUAUGUUGCUACCGAUGGGAAUCGUGGAAGAGCCGUUGCGUUCAUGGCAAAGGUGCUACCGAUACCUGUGGAAAUUUACGUCCCUCGAUUCCUAGAUGAAGCCGCACUCGCGAGGAUAUCUGGUGAAGGAGCAAAAAACGACGCGAUUCUGCUAGCCUCAAAAGCCGCUGAUUCUGUGCCUGGUGGUCUUUUGAUUCAAGAUGCUGCUUUUGAUGGCUCUGAGGAAAUCCCACUGUGGAUCCAUCGAGGGAUGCUCGACCAUGUUUUUACGAAACCAAUUCCCAGCUCAAGGAGGAGAGACUUAAAAGCCAGCAAUGGCCAUCACCCCUUAGCUGUCGAACCGGACACGGCAGCCUGCUUGCACAAAAGCCUCAAGUCAAGCAUAUGUAUCCCGCUGAAGACGUCGUCGUCCACUAUUCUGAAGGGAUUAGAUUGCAGGACCUACGUUUCUUCGACUGCAUGGCCAAUCUUACAAGCUGGUGUUGGUGUGACGAUUUCCGAUUUCGAGGCACACAAUGCAGACAAGUAUUUGGAAUCGCAGAAUAUAGUUACGAAGGGGACCGUGCGGUGCAGCACGACUGGCUGCCCUGCUGUAUUUAUCCCAAUUUCGACCCCGGACCCGGAUACAGUUGUUCGUCCUUUUCUGUAUUGA